UCGCUCGGCCCUGGCACUUGGGCCCCCGUUGGCCAACUGUCACGGCCCGCACAUUGAAAAGGCUGGGCACCGAGACACCCAUCCAGCUCAGCUCCCCGACGUGUACCUCCCUUUUUCCUCCAACCCGCGGAUACGAAAGCUUCCUACCUCUGUGCAACCGACGUGUGGGACCAAAUGGUGCGGGAUGACGUGGCCAGUGCGCUCCACAGGGUUUGCCGUCUGCGGAUAAAUACCACCUUGCCCACAGGCUUUCGAUGCAAAGCGUACACGGCAAUCCGAGGCGGAGAAGAAUUAAAGGGGGGAGCGCCGAGCGAGAACAUCUACUGAGAUGACACCAGCAGCAAAGGGCGCCGCCACCGUCUUCGUUAGCCCUAGCGAGCAGAUCAGCAGGACCAGGAGCCAGGAGCAGCGAACAGCAGCCGCGGCGCCGUCCGUCGCGUCGUCCUACGCCGUCUGGGAGAAAGAGAGGUAAUCGAUUCCAACCGAUUCGAGAGAUGUCGACGAGGACCGCCACGUGCGAUUGCUGCGGCUUCACGGAGGAGUGCACGCCGGCGUACAUCGCGGCGGUGCGGGCGGAGUACCUGGGCCGCUGGGUCUGCGGGCUCUGCGCGGAGGCCGUGCGCGACGAGGUCCGCCGCGGCGCCGGGAUCACCACCGCGGAGGCGCUCGACCGGCAGCGCGCCUUCGCGCGCGCGGCGCGGCGGGCGCCCGGGAGGGCGGCGGUGGAUCUCGUGGCCGCCGUGUCGCGCGUGCUCCGCCGCCGCCUCGAGUCGCCGCCGGCGUCGCCCGCGCAGGGCCGGCGGAAGGCGGCCGCCUCGGGGACCGGGUGCGGCACUGACGCGGAGGACGCUUGAUUCGCGCGAUUGUCUUCUCGGCCGACCGGCGGCGAAGUCGACCUAGAAAUGCUGCUAGCCGGUGGCAUGGGUGGCGCCAUGUGGGUUGUGUGGGUUUUGCUUUCGUCAAGAAUAAUUUGUGUGUUGUGGGGUUCAUGAUUGCUCAAGAUGGGAGAAGUUAGGCCCCGUAUGAUCGAGCAUGAAGUUAUGUGUAUGUGUAUGUAGUCGUAGCAUUUGGAACAUUGCUCCAUUAGCUCAGAUCCUUCAGGACUUCAGGCUUCGUCUAGCUCGGCGUCUCUGUUCAAGGCAUUGGCAUUGUACUUCUAGCUAGAGUAGUGAGCUUUAUAAGUAUAGAUGGAAGGAUAUGUACCGGGUUCUCUUGAUCUAUGCAAGGAAAAAGGAAUCUAUGUAUCUUGUUAAGUUUGUCCUUCUCUUACAUUGAACAGGAAUGCAAGUGGCAAGU